AUGCAGAACCUGUCACUAGUAGAAAGUCUUACCAACACAGACACAUCUCACCGGAAGUCUCUGAAAGACCUAGCAGUUGAAGUAGGUGGUAUGUGUCUCCAUGAAAGUGACUGUAACUUGAAUGAAAGGACAAAUAAUGAAGAAAUUAGUAAUCUUGAAGUAAUGCAGCAAAGCCUCCCUGUAGUGAAUAGCAGAGGAAGAAGUUGUGAGGGAUGUUCUGAGAGCAGUUACAGUACCUCAGAACCCAGUAGUUCCUGGGGUGACUUUGAAGGCUUCAGAGAGUCCUCAGACAAAUCAGAGAGAUUCAGUCAUGAUCUUGAAGUUUUGGUAAAGUCAACAAAAACUCGGAGAGGUGAUAGGGAUGUAAGCAGCGGGCAUUGUAACGCUUCUGCUGGUCACUUUUGUUCUGAGCCAUCUCUACACAGUGGGAUACAGGAGGCUCCGAGCUCUCUAAAUGAGGCAAACCACAGCUAUGAGGAUAUAUUUAAGGUGGGCUUUCCAGAAGUCUUUGUAUCACAGUCCAGAGAGAACAUAAGAAGCUUAGAUCAAGUACUUGAUACAAAUAAUGAAGAUGUUGGGAAUCCUGAAUGUGUGAAGAAUCAACUUUGCAUUGAUUCUGGAAACAUAUGGAGAACACUUAGAGACUUUGAUAAUACCACCAGCUUAAGACAUCCCUGGAGUAAAUCUCAUUGCCAAGAAAACCUCUUGAGUGUUCUUGGAAUAGAUGCAAAUGAAAAGGACUUUUUGGAGAGCCAAGAUGACAUUUUUGAGGAAUCAAAUGUUAAAGAUAAUGAAGACUUCAGAUUUGAUGGAUUCAAUAUUAAUGACUGCAAAGCACUGAUCCAGACCAAGCUUUCUGUAUCACCGGAUUCCAGACAUGGUCAUCUUUUUACCUGUAACCUCUUUUUGAAAACCACACCGUCAAAUGGAAACAUGCAAUAUAUAACAAUCCCAAGGAAAAAGCACAUUUUUGCUACACAAAACCUAAAACCGAAAUUUUUCAGUAGUGAUGUUUGUUGA